GCAGCGCGCAGCAUCGAUAUAUAUACUAGCAGCUGCUAUGGACAUGGGCGGCAUGGCCCCGCCGGCGGCGCCGGCGCCGGCGAAGAAGGCGCGGUACAUGCACAUGACCUUCUUCUGGGGCAAGAACACGGAGGUGCUCUUCACCCUGUGGCCCGGCACGAGGGGCGGCAUGUACGCGCUCGCGCUCGUCUUCAUGUUCGCGCUGGCCGUGCUCCUCGAGUUCCGCGCCUACCGCGCGCUGGAGGCCCGCCUCGCCCGGCGCGCGCCGCGCGCCGCCGUGGCGCUCCGCACGGCCGCGCACGCCGUGCGCGUCGGCGUCGCCUACCUCAUCAUGCUCGCGCUCAUGUCGUUCAACGGUGGCGUGUUGCUCGCCGCCGUCGCGGGCCACGCCGCCGGGUUCCUGGCGUUCAGGACCGGCCUGUGCGGCGGGCCGGCGCCGCCGCUGGCGGAGGACCGCAAGAACGACCCCGUGUGCUGCUAGGUGCUCACCUUGCUGCCUGGUGAUGUUCAUGUGACCUUCUCGCUUCUUGCAUAGUUGCAUGCAUGUUUCGUGUCCUUGCGUCUCAAGAAAAAUUAAAUUUUUAUCUACGAAUCUUAGUCAAAGUUUAUAUCUAGAUUCGUGGUUAGAAUUUUUUUUUUCUGGGAUGGAUGGUGUAUGUGUGUACAUAACUCUAUACAGCAUACAUGUGAUUGAGAAACUUUUGAACCGAUGAAUUGUUUGUUUUCCUUUGUAAGGGUCACAUGUGUGACAUACGUUGUAUGGAAGUUUCUUGAUGGUCAUCUCAGAUUGAAAUCUUUUUUGA